AUUUACACCAGAGUAGGCAUGCAUAGGAUUGCCCUGUUAAUAACCAAAUAUGCAUUUUAGGAUAUUAGAGUACUAUACAAAAGCUGAAUUCUGAAGUGCAAUAUAAUAUGAAGAAGGACCCAUCUUUUGCAGCCCAUAUAACAUAAGUUGUUAUGGGAUGAUGGGAGGAUUAUGCUGAGAUGCCUUGUUCCAGUCCUGAUGAUGUCACAGGCAGCCAUACAUAGACAAAGGGACAGCAUAAAAAGGAAUAGAGCGACCACCGGCUCUCACCGCGUCACUCACUGAGAAGAGAGCAGAGCAGUGCCACUCUCCAUCACUCCAGGGAAAAAUUGGGGCCUGAGCUUCACCAGGUUCCCCUUACGAGUCACAGAACCUUUGAAGAGGGAAAAGGAAACAGACAUGAGGCUCUUCAUCAUCUGCCUCUUGUGCUUGCUGAUGGACUGCCUGCUGCUGCCUGACGCCGAAUGCCGAAUCCUUGAGCGAUCCAUGGAAGUCAGAAAUCCAGACAUUGAUCCUUCCUGGUACACGGGGCGAGGGAUCCGACCUGUGGGACGGUUUGGCAGAAGGAGAGCAGCAGGGGAGAAUGCCCAGAAAAGUGACCACCGGCCCCAGCAAGCCUGCUUCCCCAUAGGAGACAGCGAUGAGCAGCUGCAAGAUGAAUGAUGCCUCUGAAGUGAACGAUCUCCCAUCCCGACAAGAAAGAACACACACACACACAUCGCAAUCUCUCCGGAGGCCAAAUAAAAAAUGUUGGACUUUUUGCCCUGUUUCUUUUAUGUCUCGUGCCAGAGGAGUAGAGUUCAAGAGCAGGGUUUGGCUGAAGAAUUUCCUUAGACUAUAUCUCUCUACGCCCUCACAUUGUAUUCCUUUUACUGUCAAAUUCAUUUUCAGAUUUCUUGCACCAGUAAAGGCUGUCCCUUUUGUGAAUGACGUUAAUGUGUUGCAGAACAACUAUCCUUAAACUCCACUC